AUGACUCUCCUUGCUAAUAAAAGAGCCAAAAUUAAUAAACGUAUUGCUGGGUUAAUUGCUAGUACUUCAACUCAAAUUAGAAAGGCUUCUGAAAGAUUACCAUCCCGAGAGCGUGAAGAUCCUUCGACAUACUCCGCAGAAAAUAUUACAUUAAGAAUGAUUUAUGAAAAUCAAAGAGAUCUAAUGAAACAAAACGAAGAAAUUUUAGCCAAAAUAAGUCAUCUUGAAAAACAAUUCGUCGAAUUAGAUGACAAACAAAGAGGAAGAAAGCGUAAGGCUUCAAAAAAACCAGAAAGGGCGGCUAAAAGAAGUAAACGUGGUGGUAAAUCACGAGGUACUUCAAAACCUCUCGCAGUUUCAUGA